UCUAUAAUGGCAGCGCUAGAUUUUAUAAAAAAAUGCAAGUGAGGAGUUGAAGGAUGUGGCUUGUUCUGUUUGGAUGAUGCAGGAUCGCUUUAAGCAGUAAGCUUACUGUUUUCAGAUGGCAUUAGCAGCAUCAGUGAUAUAGCUGUGUCAGCCUCCUUGACUACUGGAUGUCUGUAAUCGCACGGAGGAAACUAUAUUUAAGGUCUGAUAUCUUAAGGGUAAUGACUCCAGCACUUGCUCAUGGAGAGAAUGGCUGUUAAUGCUUUCUUCACUAGCCCAGAAGAUUUUGAAAGAUAGAUGGGUUUGUGAUGUACUUUUAUAAGACAGGAAAUGCAAUUUUUGGGGGUCUCUGGAAAUAGAAAGGUCAUGCAGCUGGGAACCGGUGAGACAUUACAGUCUCUAAGUCAUCAGAGAAAUGAUGAAGAGGCUGUUGUGGAUAGAGGUGGAACUCGCUCCAUUCUCAAAACACAUUUUGAAAAGGAAGAUCUAGAAGGCCAUCGAACAUUGUUCAUUGGAGUUCAUGUGCCACUGGGUGGAAGAAAAAGUCACCGACGCCAUAGGCACCGUGGGCAUAAACACAGAAAGAGAGAUAGAGAACGAGAUUCAGGAUUAGAAGAUGGGAGAGAGUCUCCUCCUUUUGAUACCCCAUCACAAAGGGUACAGUUUAUUCUUGGAACAGAAGAUGAUGAUGAGGAACACAUUCCUCAUGAUCUCUUUACUGAGCUUGAUGAAAUUUGUUGGCGUGAAGGAGAGGAUGCAGAGUGGAGGGAGACAGCAAGGUGGUUGAAGUUUGAAGAAGAUGUGGAGGAUGGUGGAGAGAGGUGGAGCAAACCAUAUGUUGCCACACUGUCACUUCAUAGCUUGUUUGAGCUGAGAAGCUGUAUCCUGAAUGGUACAGUUCUUUUGGACAUGAGAGCUAACUCCAUAGAAGAAAUUGCAGAUAUGAUUCUGGACCAGCAGGUGGGUUCUGGGCAGCUCAGUGAGGAUGUUCGUCACAGAGUGCAUGAGGCAUUACUGAAACAGCACCACCAUCAGAACCAGAAGAAGCUGAGCAACAGGAUCCCAAUUGUGAGAUCCUUUGCUGAUAUUGGAAAGAAGCAGUCUGAGCCCCAUUCCAUGGAUAAAAAUGGUCAGAUUGUUUCUCCACAGUCUGCUCCAGCCUGUAUUGAAAACAAAAAUGAUGUGAGCAGAGAAAACAGCACUGUUGACUUUAGCAAGGUUGACCUACACUUCAUGAAAAAGAUACCACCUGGAGCUGAAGCAUCAAACAUCUUAGUUGGUGAACUAGAGUUCCUGGACCGUGCGGUUGUUGCUUUUGUUAGGUUAUCUCCUGCAGUGCUACUUACGGGGCUAGCGGAAGUUCCAAUUCCAACAAGAUUUUUGUUUAUUCUUCUUGGACCACUGGGUAAAGGGCAACAAUACCAUGAGAUUGGAAGAUCAAUUGCAACACUAAUGACAGAUGAGGUGUUCCAUGAUGUUGCUUACAAAGCAAAAGACCGCAAUGACUUGGUGUCUGGAAUUGAUGAGUUUCUUGAUCAGGUUACUGUUCUCCCUCCUGGAGAGUGGGACCCAACAAUUCGAAUAGAACCACCUAAAAAUGUUCCAUCUCAGGAGAAGCGUAAGAUCCCAGGAGUGCCAAAUGGAACCGCAGCACACGGGGACACAGAGCAACCUGGAGGACACUCUGGACCAGAACUGCAACGCACUGGAAAAUUUUUUGGAGGAUUGAUUUUAGAUAUAAAAAGAAAAGCUCCCUUCUUCUGGAGUGACUUCAGGGAUGCUCUCAGUCUGCAGUGUCUGGCAUCAUUUUUGUUUCUCUACUGUGCUUGCAUGUCUCCUGUCAUCACAUUUGGUGGUCUGCUGGGAGAAGCAACUGAAGGUCGUAUAAGUGCAAUAGAAUCGCUGUUUGGAGCAUCCAUGACUGGAAUUGCCUACUCUCUCUUUGGUGGCCAGCCUCUCACUAUACUUGGCAGCACAGGACCAGUUUUAGUGUUUGAGAAGAUCUUAUUCAAAUUUUGCAAGGAAUAUGGGUUGUCAUACCUCUCUCUGAGAGCUAGCAUUGGACUGUGGACUGCAAUCCUGUGCAUCAUCCUUGUUGCAACUGAUGCAAGCUCCCUAGUCUGCUACAUUACCCGCUUUACUGAAGAAGCUUUUGCUUCUCUUAUCUGCAUCAUUUUCAUUUAUGAGGCCUUAGAGAAGCUGUUUCAUCUCAGUGAAACAUAUCCAAUCAAUAUGCAUAAUGAUUUGGAUCUGCUGACAAAGUACUCAUGCAAUUGUGUGGAACCAGAACAUCCUAGCAAUAAAACUUUACGACACUGGCAGGACUACAACAUAUCUGCAUCUGAUGUGCCAUGGGGGAACCUAACUGUGUCAGAAUGUAAAAAGUUUCAUGGAGAGUUUGUUGGGCGAGCCUGUGGUCAUCAUGGCCCUUAUGUUCCAGAUGUCCUCUUCUGGUCUGUCAUCUUAUUCUUUUCUACAGUAACGCUGUCAUCCACACUGAAGCAGUUCAAAACUAGCCGAUACUUCCCAACAAAGGUACGAUCUGUUGUCAGCGAUUUUGCCGUCUUUCUCACUAUUUUGUCCAUGGUUUUAAUUGACUAUGCCAUUGGGAUUCCAUCACCAAAACUUCAGGUUCCAAAUGCUUUUAAGCCCACCAGAGAUGAUCGUGGCUGGUUUAUUACUCCUUUGGGCCCUAAUCCUUGGUGGACAGUGAUAGCUGCUGUAAUUCCAGCCUUGCUUUGUACUAUCCUUAUCUUUAUGGACCAGCAGAUCACAGCUGUCAUUAUCAAUAGAAAAGAACACAAGCUAAAGAAAGGAUGUGGAUACCACCUCGACCUACUCAUGGUGGCCGUCAUGCUUGGAGUGUGCUCUAUUAUGGGAUUGCCCUGGUUUGUGGCAGCAACUGUCCUCUCUAUUUCCCAUGUGAAUAGCUUAAAACUGGAAUCAGAAUGCUCUGCUCCAGGGGAGCAGCCAAAAUUUCUUGGAAUCCGGGAGCAAAGAGUCACCGGACUCAUGAUUUUUGUCCUUAUGGGCUCAUCUGUCUUUUUGACAAGUAUCCUGAAGGAUGGGGAUGGCAGUUUAACAACUGCAUCUGGCUGGUCUCUGCUUCUUAUGCCAGAGGCUGAAGAGAACCCUAGUUGCCCUGAAAGAUGA